GGGCCCGCUGCCUGACUGCCGCCUCUCUUUCCUGUAAGAUCCGUUGAGGAAGUGAAUUUCGCUGACAGGGUUGGGCUCACUGAGGGAGAGGCGAACAAAACACAUCUUCCGCAGGGGGGGGACUAGCAACCAAACAAACCAAAACAAAACAAAAAAACACCCCGAAAGGCAAGAGGAGCGGCUUGACGAACCAUUCGACGGCUAUAAGGCGUAGAGUCACCCGAGAAAAGCGUCUCCCCUGCCCCGCCGCAGACAUGAGUGAACAGCAGUUGGACUGUGCCCUGGACCUGAUGAGGCGUCUGCCUCCCCAGCAGAUUGAAAAGAACCUCAGUGACCUCAUUGACCUGGUGCCCAGUCUGUGUGAGGACCUCCUCUCCUCUGUGGACCAGCCCCUGAAGAUUGCCCAGGACAAGACAAUGGGGAAAGACUAUCUCCUCUGUGAUUACAAUCGGGAUGGUGACUCCUACAGAUCACCAUGGAGCAAUAAGUACGACCCUCCUAUUGAUGACGGUGCCAUGCCUUCAUCUCGAUUGAGGAAGCUGGAGAUCGACGCCAAUAACGCCUUUGACCAGUACAGAGACCUGUACUUUGAGGGUGGCGUGUCAUCAGUGUACCUUUGGGAUUUGGAGCAUGGCUUUGCCGGAGUUAUUCUCAUCAAGAAGGCUGGGGAUGGAUUCAAAAAGAUCAAGGGGUGCUGGGACUCCAUCCAUGUGGUGGAGGUGCAGGAGAAGUCCAGCGGACGGACUGCUCACUACAAACUCACCUCCACCGUCAUGCUGUGGCUACAGACGACCAAGUGCGACUCCGGCACCAUGAACCUGGGCGGCAGCCUCACAAGACAAAUGGAGAAGGACGAGACAGUCGGAGAGUCGUCACCCCACAUCGCCAACAUUGGCCGCCUGGUUGAAGACAUGGAGAACAAGAUUCGCUCCACGCUGAAUGAAAUCUACUUUGGGAAGACCAAGGACAUCGUCAACGGACUUAGAUCUAUUGAGUCUUUGCCCGAUAACCAAAAGUAUCGGCAGCUCCAGAAGGAGCUGUCGCAGGUCCUCACCCAGCGUCAGAUCUUCAUUGACUAGGGUCGGAGGAGUGUUCAAGGCCUGGCUGACAUGUCGAAGCAAGAGGCUUUGCAAAAACAACUCUUCAUGGCGCUCAAACAGAAAAACCAAAACUAGAGAUGCUCCCGUCGUGUCCGUUUUUUCUCGCCACCUCCUUUUUUUCCCCGUUUCUUUCCUGUCGCUCCCUAUCCUGCCACAAUUCCCCCAGUGCUGCCCGCACACUUGCAUUUUGUGGGGGAAAAAACACCGAAAAAAAGGAGAAGACGCUUUGCUUUUCUCUCAUUCUCCUGUCAGGUUUCCAUGUGUCUCCACACGCUCUGAAGCCAUUCACUCACACUCCCUCCUCAUCUCCAAUGAAUUUAAUGACGGUUAACAGUCCUUCUGCAGCGUGAGGGUCAGUCUACUUCCAAUCUAACCCACCCUCCUGCCUCUCAGUUGGACAUGAGCCAUGUGACAUCAUCACCCCUCCCCUAACUUAGAUUUAUUUGUCCCUUUUAUUCUUCCUGACACGCGAGCAGCUUUUCGGCUUGCGUGGGAACAUUUGUAAUUGUCAUCAGUCCGCAUGUGUAAGCUGCGUCAUAAGAAUGACCCUGCCUCUUUUCACCGCACUGUGUAUAACAUAACUGUUUACCCCCCUAACCUCCUAAUUUGAUCUCCAGCUCUGCUCAACUUCUACGUCUUUGCUGGGGGAUCACAGUUUGUCUUUGUGUCAGUGGGAACCUUUGACUGUUUCCAUCUUGGAGGGGAAUCUUUGUAUUUUGUUUUUGUUUUGUUUUGUAAUGCUUAUGAUUCAUAUUGUAUUAGAGCCUCCAGCAACAAUAAAAACGGAAAAAAGCUA